UAUUUAUUCAAUUUAUAUAAUAUAUUAUUUUCAUACAAUGUUCUAUAAUAUUAAAACACGCUGAUUUUCAAGUUUCAUUCAUUCAUUAAAAUAUUUAUUAUUGUACCUUUUUUCUCAAAAAUUUUUAAUAUUCUUAUAAAAUGAUCGGACCUACAAUAAUAGAUGAUCCAAGAUUCGACGCCAGAUUCGAUGCCGAGGCAUUGAAGAAAGCUAUGCAAGGGAUAGGCACCGACGAAAAAACUAUCCUUCGCGUGUUGACUAAGAGAUCGAAUCGCCAAAGGCAAUUGAUAUCUCAAAAAUACAAAGAACUUUUCAAUAAAGUUCUUGCCAACGAAUUACAAAGAGAAUUGGGCGGAAAAUUUGAGAAAGUCAUUCUCGCCUUAAUGACGCCGGCAUACGAAUACGAUGCCCAUAAGUUACAUCAAGCCAUGAAGGGUUUAGGGACGAACGAGGAUGUAUUAAUCGAGAUUCUGGUAUCUAGAUCCCAGGAGCAGUUGAGAAAAAUUAUGGAAACUUAUAGAAAUAUGUACAAAAAGGAUCUCGUUAGUGAUAUAAAAGGUGAUACAUCUGGGUCUUUCGAAAAACUCAUGGUUUACUUGUGCAAGGCAAACAGAAAAUCCGAUUAUGGUUCGUAUGACAAGGGUAAGGUGAACGCAGAUGCUCAAGCGCUAAUUAAUGCUGGUAUAAAAAAUGCUAUGGGUACUGAUACAUCAGUAUUUUGUGAAAUAUUAGUCAAUAGAAGCUUAAGCCAUGUUAGAGCUGUAUUCGAAGAAUACCAGCACAUAUCCAAACACUGCAUCGAAGACGACAUUAAAAGAGAGAUGAAAGGGGACAGUGAAAACGCCUUUAUUUCGUUGGUGGAAUGCAUUAGAUAUCCAGCUUCAUAUUUUGCCAAAAAAAUCCACCUUGCCAUGAAACAGGGUAUGGGAACUGAUGAUGAUACUCUAGUACGAUUAUUGGUCACUCGAGCAGAGAUAGAUUUAGGGGAUAUAAGACAAGAUUUUCAAAGAAUUUACAAUAAAUCAUUGGAAGCUUCAAUUAAAGAUGAAUGCUCUGGCGAUUAUGAAGACGCUUUAGUAUCUUUGGUUGUAGGAAAUCGUUAAAAAAACUCAAAUAAAUUUGAUAAAUCACAUUAUCUUCAAUACAGAAGAAUAAUAAUAAUUAUUUGCCAUCAAAACAAUUAAAAUUUUUUCAAUUUAAAUAAAUGAUAUUUAAAUAAUUUUAGCUAUUUACUACAUUCCUAAUAUAUAUAUGCCAAAAUA